GCAAAGGAGAAUAUGACAAGGGACUGGAAUAAGGUUAUCUGGACUAAUGAGGCAAAAUUACCAGGUGAAGAAUUUCUUCCUGAGAACAUACAGCCAACCUUCAAGGGUGGUCAUAAAUCCAUCAUGGUAUGGGGGUGUAUUGCACAUGGUGUGAAAGAUCCACUGAUCAAGCUAGAAUUCCCACCUGCAACCAUAAGUGAGAAGGGCCAAAGAUGA